UCUAACAUUUCAGUAGUUUAUUUUCUUGGUAGGAAUUAAAAUAUUUUUUAAGAGCUAUAAAUUUGUCGAUCACAUUUUUGGCCUAUUUGAAGAAAAUCACGAUGGACUAUGGUAAUUCAGGUGGUGCAGAAUUCAACUGGAACUACAGCAUGGGAGGGAAUGGAGGAAGCGGCCAAGGCAUGCCCAUCUAUCCCCAGAUGGGUCAAAUGGGGCAGAUGGGUCAGGGACAGGGUUUCGAUGGAGGACAACAGUGGCUGCACUCAAACCAGGCGAAUCAGGGACAGAGCUAUCAAUCUGCAAUGCCUCAAGGUCAGGCCUCGCCCAGUCCGUUCGAUGAUUACAAUCAGUCAAUGAUGCGGUAUACAAAUCUCCCCAAGACAGAGAGUGGCUCCAUGGGCCAGCAGCAGCAACACGGAGGUCAGGCGAUGGGUAUGAAUGCCAUGGGCAAUAGCUAUGGAGGCUAUCCCGGCGGCAUGUCUCGCAAUGGUCUUGGAAAUCCUGGCGCUGGCAUGGGGCAAGGUACCAACAGCGGCUACGGUGGAAACUGGCAGUAAUUACUUUCCCUGCCCCUUUUUUCUUUCCGUUUUCCAGUCGAUAUCCUAGAUAUUUCCACAUCAUAUAGUCCUAAUGGAAUGCACCUCUAUAUUGAAUAAAGACUCCUUCAAUGGCAA